CUCACAAACGCAUCCCAUUCAUCUCCGUCUCUCCUCGCAAGCAUCGGCAAGAACCAAAAACCAAUCAACCAAUCGAAUCCACCACUCGAUCGAUCAUGGCGGCGGAGCAGAGGCAGAUGCAGCAGGCGGGCGCGGGCGCCGGGGUGGGGUUCGAGGACUACCUGCCGGUGAUGGCGGAGCGGCUCGGCGAGGAGGGCCUCAUGCAGGAGCUGGCCAGCGGCUUCCGCCUGCUCAUGGACCCGGCCUCGGGCCUCAUCACCUUCGACAGCCUCCGCCGCAACGCGCCGCUGCUUGGCCUCGGCGGCAUGUCCGACGACGACCUCCGCGGGAUGCUCGCCGAGGGCGACUUCGACGGCGACGGCGCGCUCAGCGAGAUGGAGUUCUGCGUCCUCAUGGUCCGCCUCAGCCCCGACCUCAUGGACGAGCCGCGCCGGUGGCUCGACGACGCCGUCUCCCAGGCCUCCCAGUUCCUCUUCACCAGCUAGAUUAUUAGCUUCGACAUGGAUAGGAAUCUUCUUUUUCUUCUUCUUCUUCUCGUUGUUCAUAGCAUGAGGAUUCAUCAUCGAGGCACUGCUCAUUGGUUCACGGAUUCCAUCACAAAUGUGUACUACUCAUGUACUCUGCUCGUUCUUCGCUCCCAGCUGGAAUCUGAAUUAAUUGAUCAGCAAGCUUCUUC